CUGCUGUAGCUGUGUCCUCGGUGUGGCGCCACAUGGCUAAUGAACUACAACUGUGUUCUGCCUCCUCGUUGGUCCGCAGCUGACUACCGGGAUUGGCUGUAAGUAGCUUUAGCGGAAAGGUAAACACCUCAGGAAGCCUACCCAGAGUGUAAAGGUGCUCAAACUUCGCCCCAGAUAUGAGCUAAACGGACACUCGGACCUCCGGAACUAUUUGCUGUGAAGCGUGUGUGAGCGUAGCCGACAUGGUGGAGGUGUUCUCCGGACGGACUCUGCUCAAUAAAGACGGGGACUUGGUGGACCCGGAGGAGGCUCUGAGGAAUAAAGUGGUGGGGAUCUACUUCUCGGCGGGCUGGUGUCCUCCGUGUCGCGACUUCACGCCCAUCCUGUGUGAUUUCUACACGGAGCUGGUGGAGGAGAGUGAACCACCUGCUCAGUUUGAGAUAGUUUUUGUCUCCUCAGACAAGACCACGGAUGACAUGGUUGAAUAUUAUCACGACAUGCACGGAGACUGGCUCGCCCUGCCCUUUACGGAUGAUUACAAACAUGAGUUGAAGCAGCGCUACAAGAUCACAGCGGUUCCCAAACUGGUGAUCGUGAAAGAGAACGGCGACGUGAUCACGGACAAGGGCAGGAAACAGAUCAGAGACCGAGGCCUGGCCUGCUUCAGGACCUGGCUGGACGCUGCAGAGAUCUUUCAGAACUUCAAGGGAAUCAUCGUCAGACCUCCAGGGACCUUAAAAAUGAAUGGCCACGUUGGAGAAAUGUGACUUGUUCGGCAAGGACAGUUGGAAACCGAUUUCUUGAAGUUGGUCUGAAGUCACACAGGACAUGGAAGAAGCCUUUCAUCAAUGAAGGGCAGAGGAAAGCCCAGUUACUCUUUGCUGGGGAUCACAAGGAUUGGACUGUUGAUGACUGGGCUAAGGUUCUCUUCAGUUAUGAGUCCCAAUUUUCAGUCAAUGCCCUCUCCAACCAACUUACUGGUUAGGAGGAAGCCUGGAGAAGCCUACAAGCCAGACUGUUUUGCCCCUACAGUAAAACAAGGGGGUGGAUCAGUGACGAUCUGGGGUUGUUUCAGUCUGGGUGGAACAGGGCAAAUGCAAUUGUGUGAAGAGCGAAUAAACCAGGUCAUGUACAAGGCUACUCUUGAAAACAGUCUUUUUCCAUCAGCUGGAAAACUCUUUCUCGAAUGACUGGAUUUUCCAACAAGACAAUGCCCUUUGCCACAUGGCAAAGUCAGUUAAAGCCUGGAUGGAGAACCAGAACAUUGGAAAUAAUCACCAGAUCUAAAUCCAAUUGAAAACCUGUGGAAAAUCAUCAAACCCAAAAUGGAGAACCACAAGCCCAAAAACAGAGCAAAUUUGUUUGAAUUUCUGCAACAGGAAUGGGCUGCUGUGAUAGCAGAACAAUGUCAGAAGCUGGUGGAGAGCAUGUCAAGAUACAUGGCUGCAGUCAUCAAAAACAAUGGUUAUGCAAUCAAGUACUAACUGCAGUGUGGCUCAUGUGCCUAAUACAGACAGAAAAGAAAACAUGGAAGGCCUAAAAGCUGUUUUUGGCAGUACAAUGCCAUAGCUAUUGAUGUAAGAACUUAAGUGAUUUUUGGUUAUUAUCAAGAAAACCAUGGAAAAUGGCUAGCUAUCAGCUCUUACAUUAAACUCUUAUCAGCUAUUUUUGUUGUUAUCAAAUGGACCUGUAGUUGUACCAUGCAUUAAAAUGAACAAGAAAUUGUAGAAAACAAGGGGGUCUAAUAUUUUUUUCCAUGAGUCAAUCUGUCUGUCUGUCUGUCUGUCUGUCUGUCUGUCUGUCUGUCUGUCUGUCUGUCUGUCUGUCUGUCUGUCUGUCUGUCUAUCUAUCGAUCUAUCGAUCUAUCUAUGUAAUGGGAAUCCAUUUAGUAACAUUACAGGCCAACUUUUGAAAAAAGCUUUGGAAUUAUAAAUACAUUCAAAAGGAUAGUGUACUACAUGUGAAGUUAAAUUCAAAGUGUUUUGACUAUAUGUAAUUUGCUACAUAUAAUAAAAAGAGCUGAGUUUCAGAUCUCACUCUUUGUUUAUAAAACCCUUAAUGGAUAAGUUCCAUAAUACAUUACUGAUUUGUUAACUUUACUUUCUGCCCCAGGCCUCUUAGGUCAUCAUCACAUUGAUUCCUCUUUUCUGGUUAUUACACCCAGGCUCUGAAACAGUCUCCUGAUCCACAUUAAAUCCUAUCCCACUGUUAGCAAUUUCAAAUCACAUUUAAAGUCUCAUCUUUAUUCUCUUGCUUUUAGCUUUUCCUGUAGCUGCCCCAGUCAUGCUCACUCUCAGUUUCUUUAUCAACCUGCUGUUUUUUAUUGAUCGGUUGUCUGAUUUCAUUCAUUUUUCUCCUCAAGUCUUUUGCUUUUAUAGCUCUGCCUCUUUUUUAACCUAGCCAAUAUGCUUUACCUUGUCUGUCCUGUUCAUGCAGUUGUCUUCACAUGUUCAUACUUAUAGUUUUCUGUGAUUCUUGUCACUCCCUUCAUGCAUUUACUUGCAACAUUACACAUUAUUAACUUUGUGUCUUCUCCCUCCUGUGGUGUUUCUGCACCUCUCUGCAUUCCACAAACCAGUGUCCAUGUUCUCUUGUUUGUUGUCUGUCUGUCUUGUCUCUGUAUCAUUGUCUCUCUCCCCUUCACCCUCACCCUAACAGGUCGAGGCAGACAGCUGCCCUCCUUGACCCUGGUUCUGUUGGAGGUUUACUUUCUGUUAAAAGAGAGUUUUUGCUCUUUACUGUCACCAAUAUGCUGCUAAUCGGGAAUCUUUGGAUUUGUUGGGUUUUCACAUGUAUGAUGUUGUAAAGUCUUAACUUUUUGUGUAGUCUUGUAAGAUGUAUAACACUGUAAGUUCUUAACCUUAACAUUUCGGUUAGUCAGAUUAAUUUAUGUUAAAUAUAAUCCUAUGGGAUCUUAACCAUAAUAUUUGCAUUUUUAGGCAAAUUUACAUAAUUAGUUACCUCAAUAUUUUAUUUAAUCAAGCUAAUUUGUAUUUUACAUGUUAUUGUAGAAUCAUAACUGUAAUAUUUAGCUUACUCUGGAAAUUGCGCAUAAACUGAAACAGUAUGGGCUGAACCUUAACAUUUUUAAACUUCUAAAAUUUGCAACACGAACCUUAUUUUUCUGUUGGAAAGCACUUUUGAUCAAUGAAUGUUGUUUUAAAUGUGUUACAUGAAUAACAGUGACUUGACUUGACUUUGUAACUUACUACACUUUCUAUCUUAUUACAUUUACUUUUCUUGCCUAUUAUUACUUAUAAUUAAUGUAUUACUAAAUAUUUUUAAAAUAAACACAUAAAUACUGA